UUGUCUGAGCAUGUGCAAAGUGUUUUACUACUAAGCAUGUGCAAAGAGCACGCACAGCUGGGGGCAAGGUAAACAUAUACACCCCGUGUCUUGCGUAUCUGGGAUUUAGGGGAAGGGCUUCCAGAAAAGAUGAUGCAGCCAGACUUGAGAUGUAAAAAUUACGCCUAGAUGCUGGAAGUGGAGGAGCUUGAUCGCGAGAGAGGCGCGAGCCGGGAGGGCGGGCGGACGGACGUGUCCACGUAGAGCGUAUUAACUCUUUGGGGGAGUGCAAGAGACAUGCAGAGCUGAACUUCCGGGGCUUCCUCCGGGCUGGUGUGCGGGAUCGGCAGGAGCGACACCAGAGUAACAACGGUUGUGGACGAGACGUCGAGCUCGCUUUGCAAGCAAUGGGGAAAAUCGGGUUCCAGCAGCCGACGGCUGGGUUCAAGCCGGAGAAGGAGGCGAAAGCAGCGAGAACGAGCAAUGUGGUCAAAGCUGAAAUCCUCCUGCCCCAGGACGUGGAGGAACAGUCCUUGUCUUUGCCAAUGUGGAGAAGGAGAUAUCUUAGUCACAUCUUCUACUUGGCUGUGAUCCUGAUGCUGUUGCUCCUUGGCCUGAUUUUAACUUCAAUGUACGUCUACAGAUAUUUCUCCCUUGCUGACUCCGUUACUGACUCCAUUACUGCCUUAGACAUGAUUGACUUAGAUUACAUAGAAUGGGAGUGUGAAGUGACUUUUGAAGAUUAUUUUGACUCACAAUUAACGGAAGAACUGAAACUGCACGAAGAUGUGAGGAUUAACUUCGAGGAGGAUUAUGAACGAAUCAAUGUCUCAACGCCCCACUUUGGUGAAAGUGACCCUGCAGAUAUUAUCCAUGAUUUUCAGCGGGGACUGACAGCCUAUCACGAUUUAGCCCUGGAUAAAUGUUACGUCAUAGAGCUGAACACCACCAUUGUCAUGCCGCCUCAAAAUUUCUCGGAGCUGCUGGCUAAUUUAAAGAAAGGGGCCUACCUGCCACAUACCUACAUAAUCCAGGAGGAGAUGAUAGUGACAGAACACGUCACUGACAUGGACCAGCUUGGCUCCUUCAUAUAUCAUCUGUGCCGUGGCAAAGAGACCUACAGGCUGAAGCGUAGGACUUCAAGGAGACAUAUCCAUCGACGAGCCACUGAGAAGUGCCAUCACAUCCGCCAUUUUGCAAACACCUUUGUGGUUGACACAGCAAUUUGCCAGAAGUUGUGAGAGCCACUCUCCAGAUGUAACCUCCCGGGCUUUGCUUCUACUCAUCCACAUAGGUUCUCUUGCUUUCUUCUUGAGAAAGAAUUUGGCUUACUUUUCUUCUUUCUUCCACUGUUUGUGCAUUACUAACAUUGGACCUUUGGUGUCUUUUUGCUGCAUUUGCUUCUUUACAUUCAUAGUUUGCUUGGCUUAAAUGUACACAUUAACCCCAAAAAUGUAAGUUAAGAGUCUCCCUUGUGAAAACUGGCAUAGUAACUUCUUCUGGGAGUGCACAAUGCCCUCUGAGAAGUGUGGGGAUGAAAAGGGAGAGAUAAGGGGGUGGGAAUCAAAGACACAAGAGACACAAGGUUAUGAAUGCCUUCAGCCUUUCUCAUCGGCGCUGAAUGUACCAAGUACCACUUCCUUGUAAGGGGAUCCCUUGUGUAGAAAAGCCUUUUAUAUGCAUCAGUCUAGUGUUAAUAGAAAAUCCACUAUCAAAUUAAUUCCCUAAAUAGGGGAGAAAGGUGCAGCUAGAUGGAUGAUGUCUGCAGCCUGAAGUAGAAAUUCAUGGGUCUGUGAGACUGAUUUAUUCUACAGAGCAGCAUACAUGGCCUUUGUUGUGCUAGUUUGUGUUUUUGCUCAUUUCCCUGAAAUAGAUGCAACCCUACAAUGUGAGGCGUGCAUGUACAAUCCAUCUGCAUGCAAUAUUGGUCAGCAUAACUUAAUCCCUAAGUGCACUUCCAGCACAAAUAACAGGCCAAACAGACGAGCCAUUGAUAUUUGGAUUUGUUGGCUUUCUUUUGUAGAUACUCUGCCUGAGUUCGUAAGUCUCAGUAACAAGAAGUGCUUCAUUACGCGCUGUUUGUCUGCAGUGUCCCAGAUGGUGGUCUCAGUCAGAUGGGGUUCUAGACCAAGAGGGGGACAGCUCUAGAGUUUGGGUUCCAGUAAAGCAAAGCUUAGUUUCUGGCACGGUAAGGCCAAGUUCAAGGUUCAACUAACGCCCUGGAUAGCUCUUUGUGGAGCUCAGGAUGGAGAUGCAUAUGAGCAGGCUCAAAUACUGCUUCAGCAACAGACAACCCAGACUAUGACCUACGUAAGGGCAUCAGCUCAGUCUGGGUGGUUGCCUGCAUAUGGAGCAGCUUCUUUCAGUUAAAGGGGCUUCGCCAGUUUCAGCAGCUGUUGUCUCUGAUGUCACAGGGGGAUGCAGUGAUUCUUGGAUUCGGACGACAGCAGCACAAACUACACAAGCCAGGGAGGCGGUAGCAUGAGGAGCUUCUGAUGUGGAGGGUUUCUGGGAAAAUCCAGAGUCAGCGUUGUGGGAAAUUGCUUCUUCCACUCUGACAGGCUUCAUAUGCAGAACUCUGGGGUGUCUGACCCCAGAGCAUGACAUUAUCACAGUCAUCUCCUUUCCGUGAGCAUUAGUUAGUACAAGCUUUCUGGCUACCGUGGUCAUUAUACUCAACACAAACUCAGUUUUGUUUCCUCUUCAUCUCCAAGUGAAACAGACAACAUUUCCCUUUUGAGUUUUGAGGUUGGACCAACGAUUUUCUCUGCAAAACCGGAUGACUUAUUUUUGGGUUCUUAGUUUCAUAUGCCAAGGAUCGCUUAGGUUUUGUUUUUAGCAGUUGGUUAUGGUCAAAUGAUUGCAGAUGCAACAGUCAGAUUGAGUUCUCCUCUUCCCCCCUCCCAGGCCUUGCUUUAUAGGAGUAGAUUGGCUUGGGAGAGUUGGCAAAGUUGAAAUGAGGACUCCAUGCAAGACCUGGCAGAAAUGAGCCAGGAGCCAGGGGGCCUACUUGGGAUCUUCAUGCUCCAUCAUCAGACUUUUAUGUUUGGCUUGGGUUUGGGUUUG